AAAACAGUUGAGAAAUGAGAGUGGGGGAGUGUACGCGCUGCUCUCUUCAGGCAAGCGACUGCGACUCGGCGAUCCACCACCGUAGUUAGAAUUGUACUUGUUACCGCAAGACGGAAAUAUAAGUCGGACUCGCCCUGUCCAUACUUCGCCAAGGAUGAGUCGCAACAGCUCGGGUCCGUCGCUCAAGAAGAAAUUCGUAGGUCUAAUUCGCCAGAUCUCCCAGCCAGGCGGGUCCCAGGCCCUUGGCAGCGACCACCAACACACUAUUCCCAGACCCGACACCUUUAUUCAUAAAUAUCUUCAAGGAGAGAUGCGGGGCGUGCAGCCGGACAUCGUGUACGGGAGGACGUGCGAGGAGCUGCCGUCGCGCAAGCUCCGCCGCCCGCGCCCCAAGGUGCUGGCGGCGUUUACGGGCCCCGGAGGCGGGUUGGCCUCGGUGAACCGCGGGGGGCAUCCGCCUCUACAGAGAGACGAAGCGGACCUAGACUACAUAGACGCAGAUGACGCAAUGUCUGAUGCCCAGCCGAAUGCCUAUGUCACUUCCCAGAAGCCUCCUCCACGUAAGAAACCCUAUGCUGACAUGGCCGCUUACUUCAGGAAGCGCGAUCCUAAGUCGCCAGUUCAUAAGAAAAGCAGUACGGGUGUUAGUGAGGGCAGGAGUAUGGACUCCCUAGAUUGCGAGGUGCCAUCUUGGCGAGGGGAGGCGCCCUCCCCCCUUUCUCCACACCCGGGCCGGGCUCCCCCUGCUGCCUUUCUACAGUUUGGUGACGGACCCCUCAACUAUGGCCUUACCCUCCCCUCCCAAGUUGAUGGCAGCGCAAAUGAUGGUUCUGGCUAUGGGAAUAGUGGUGUUGGUGCUAGUAGUUUUAGUUGUAAUGGUUAUGAAAGAAGUGAUAGUAGUUUUGCCAAUAUUGUUGAAAGUUCCGCGAAAGCAUCGCAGCAGGAUGGUGGUUGUGCAGCUGCGUGGGUUGGUAGCACAGGUGAGCGCAUCAACACGGAUAACCUGGGCAUGAUGGAAGCUGUGCUGGUGAGCUGCAGGGAUGAAGGUGGAGGGACGGUCAACCAGCUGCUUGUUCAUCCCGCUCCCUGCCCCGGGCUGGACGACAACCUCAACCCAGUCGUGUCGGCGGAGACAACAGAGACGGGAGCGCAGGUCACCCUAGAUAACUGGACUCACGAAUCCGAGACGCAGGGCACCAGUGUGACUGACAAUGUUGACAGUGCAUGUGAGAAUGGAAACUACAAUCCCGAGAACGCCCCUCCUGAUGAUGGUUCUGUCGCAGCCAACGAAGGGGGCCUGGCCGGCCAGCGGGCCAAGUUCCUGACUCUGGAUUUGGUGGAGGCUGGGGCACUGGCAGUUCCUGACCCAGACCUUAAAAGAAGUGAAACAGAGGAAAUUGCUGGUCUUCUUAACUGGAAUCGACCACACCAACGUGCCUACGGUCUUUCGACUACUUUAUAUGAACGUCAUCCUGUUACAAAUGAACGUGCAGGUAACCCUAUUGCUGAUGCCUUUGGUGUUGUGGCACGAGAAGAUAGUGCCAUUCUUGCCCUUGCUGAUGGAGUCAACUGGGGAGAGAAGGCAAGCAUUGCUGCCAGGUGUGCUAUUCAUGGGUGCCUACACCACCUCAACACUGCUCUCUAUUCUGCUGUGGCCACACCCCCAGAGACCACAACACAGGACAUCUUUGUAGCUCUGUUAAGAUCAUUCCAUGCAGCACAUAGCCUCAUCCUCCAGGAAGAUGGCAUGUUAACUACCCUUACAGCAGCAGUGGUAGCUCCUCUGGCUGACACUGACCAGUUUGUUGUGUGCGUGUGUAAUGUUGGGGAUUCCCUGGCCUACGUUUACUCACAGAAGUAUGGUGUUCGGGAAAUCACACAAGGCUCACAUGAUAUCUACAGCAUGCGUGACAUGCGAGAUGCUUUAGGAGCCUUAGGGCCCGUAGAUGGGCAGAAUCCUGAGCUCAACAACUUAACCUGCUCCCUUACUUACUGUGAUCCAGGAGACAUCGUUUUCCUGACUAGUGAUGGUAUCUCUGAUAACUUUGACCCAGUAGUGGGUAAAUUUGCCAUUCCUAAAAAAGAGAAGGAGUCAAAAACUCGAGAAUCACAGAGUACAGAAAGGCCAAGUACAGCAAAGGAAGGGAGAGCUCAGAAUGGUUUCAGGACCACGAAUUCUGAAAAGUCACAGAAUCUGAGUAGACCUCAAAGGUAGCGUAAUGUACGAACUAGUCAGCAAAGCCGACAAAUGCCUUCCAAUCAACAGAGAAGUCGCUCAAGACGAACUCAGCAGGGAAGUAAGGGACCCAACGUUGGCCCAGGGCGAGGAGGCAAGCAGCCCGUAACCAAUGUCAAAUCUGUGGGAGCUGGUCUGCCAGAGGAUGAAGUUGUUACAGACCCAUUCCUACCGCUAGUUGAGGCUCACCAAAGACACGAGUUAACAUUACUUCGUAUGGAAGACCUCCUUAGAUGUGGCCUAACUAGUAAGGGUCCAGUAAUGACAGCACAGGGGUUGUGCUUGGAGAUGGUGCAUUUUGCCACAAAGUUAACGGUGGCAAAACGUCGCAUCCUAGAAGAUCCUGACCUUUAUCCCUCAGCUUCCAAGGAUCUGUCCCGGUCAGAUCAGAGAAAUAGGAGGAGAAAGGUAUGUGAAAAGCUGGCCCUAGUCCCAGGCAAAUUAGAUCAUGCAACUGUAGUGGCCUACAAUGUAGGGCAUUAUCGAGACGAUGAUAUUUUAGAAUCAAUUGAAGAUCCUGUUAGGAAGUCGCUAAUAAAGAGUGGGUUAGCAGCUCCUCUUGCAUCUCCUGAUUCAGCACGCAGUUUGGUGUCACAGAUGGAGGAGUCCCGUCCCACAGACCUGCCUGUGUCCAGCAGAGCUCUGCACAUUCAGAGUACAAGUUCUGAUAGUCAGAGGAAGAUUCAUCAAGGAACUGCUGAAAUGAAGUGGGCUGAAAAGGGGCCACAGACUUCACACUCUAAUUGUACUCAAAAUAAAGAAAACUUAAGUCCUAAUGCAGGUCAAGUACCUUGUAGACCAACGCUUAUUGAAACAAUAGUCUAAGACUAGCUGGGAUAUAAA